UCUUCAUCUAAGUUACAAUCUAUACCGCUGAUAAUGAAAAUCUGACCCGCGGCAUUUUGGCGGUGCGCCACUCCCUGCGAAUGUUUCGAAAGUUAAUUUUCGAGCCCAAUAAGCUUCUUCAGAAUGUAAAGUGCGUUCGCACUUUGAAAGUUCAUGAAUAUUCGGCAAUGGAAUUGUUAAAAAAGUACGAAAUACCUGUUCCAAAGUUUGUAGUUGUUCGGAAUGUGGAUGAGGUCAGAGCUACUUGUAAAGAAUUCGGCAUUUUACCUGAAAGUGAAUUAGAAAAUUCAGGUGAGACUACAGAGAGCACAGAUAUGGUGUUGAAAGCACAAGUGUUAGCUGGUGGCCGUGGUAAAGGUAUUUGGGAUAGCGGAUUAAAAGGUGGAGUUAAAAUUGUAUACAAUGUAGAAGAAGCCGUAAAUGUUGCUAACCACAUGCUUGGUCAUCGAAUCUACACUGCACAAACUGGUGACACCGGCCAAUUAUGCAAUACAUUAUUAGCAUGUGAACGUAAAUAUUCUCGACGUGAACAUUAUCUAGCUAUUGUCCUAGAUCGUUCUAGUGGUGGACCAGUAAUGAUUGGUUGUCAACAGGGUGGUGUAAAUAUUGAAGAUAUAGCACGUGAUAACCCAGAUGCUUUAAUUAAAAUUCCAGUUGAUAUCAACAAAGGUUUAAAUAAAAAAGAUGCCCUAUUUAUGGCGCAUAAAUUAGGUUUUACACAUCCAGAUGAAGCAGCUAUAUAUAUUGAACGACUUUAUAAACUCUUUGAGUCAUCCGAUUGUACACUGUUAGAAAUUAAUCCAAUUUCUCAAGAUAUAAAUGGAAAAGUUGUUUGUAUGGAUUGUAAAAUGAAUUUCGAUGAUAAUGCUGCAUUUCGACAGAAAGAGAUUUUUGCACAACGUGAUUGGUCACAAGAAGAUGAACGUGAUGUGAAAGCAUCAAAGGCUGGAUUAAAUUAUAUUGGUUUAGAUGGAAAUAUUGGUUGUUUAGUUAACGGAGCCGGUUUAGCUAUGGCUACUAUGGAUUUAAUUCAAUUGCAUGGUGGUAAUCCAGCGAAUUUCCUUGAUAUUGGCGGUGGAGCGACAGCUGCUCAAGUGACUGAAGCUUUUCGUUUAAUCGUAUCUGAUUCGAAGGUCAAUGCUAUACUAGUAAAUAUUUUCGGUGGCAUUAUGCGUUGUGAUGUGAUUGCACAAGGUAUUGUAACAGCUGCUACAGAAUUAAACAUAAAAGUACCAAUUGUUGUACGACUUCAAGGAACUAGAGUUGAAGACGCUAAAGCAAUUCUUGCUACAAGUCAUAUGAAAAUUCUAGGUUGUAGUGAUUUAGAUGAAGCUGCUCAAAUGUCUGUUAAACUCGCUAAUAUUGUUCAUUUGGCUCGUGAAGCUGCUAUAAAUGUGAAAUUCGAACUGCCUUAUUAAUUAAUAAUGUGAUUAUAGUAAUAUUAUUAUAAUAAACAAAGAUGCAUGGUUCGAAGGAAUGGGGGCAUCACGUUAUGUUGAGUUGUGAUGAAUCCAGUAGCUCAGUUUAUAUUAUUAUUAUUGUUAUUAUUAUUACUAUCAAUAAUACUAUUACCAUUACUAUUAUUAUUUUCAUUAUUAUAACUUACUUUCGAAAGAUAAUAGUCAUUGUGUGGUCUAUUCAAUUAUGUUUUGUCAUAUCCGUUGAAGCAUAUUCUUUUGCACGAAUGAAUGUACAAUGAUGAUAAUAGGAUUAUUGUUUUAUACGACAGAUUUAACUAUCUACUGCAUUAUUCAACACACAGAUUUUGUUGCAUAAGAAUUUCUCAUACUUUGAUAGAAAAUCCUUCACUAAACAAUCACUUAUUUUAUUGUCAUUGUAUUUUGGUUGCAGUCAGCUCAACGGCACCACCCACAUCACCUGUCCACACACACACAGUUUAUUUUACACUAAAAACAAAAAGUAUGCAAAAAUUCAUUUUCUAAGUAUAAAGACGUUAGUAAACCUACUAUACAACUAUUUUGCCAGAAGGAAAAGAUGAAUUCAAAUCUUUAUUUCACUUAAAAUAUCGUUUAUCUCUAUUGUUUUUCUUAUAUUUCAUCGUUAUUCACUAUUAGUUACAUAUACUACUAUUUGUUGUCCUGUGAUAGUAGUAAUAAAUGGUAUUGCUCGGAAAUAAUUAAUGUUUGAAUUUCUUUUCAUUUCUUUGUAUUCGUCUAUACACCUACAAUCAAGCGUGUAUAUGUAUCCGCAUACAAAGGGAAGUGGUUACUUCAGUUUUCUUUUUCCUCUUACUCUUUCAUUUGCACACCGUCCAGAUUCAUCCCCACAGAAACACUGUCAUCCAUAUUUCAACUGUUGACUUUUUGAAGGUUUUGAUGGAUUUUUAAGAGAAACUAUG